GGAGGUGGUUGGGAAUGCGACUGACGGUGGGAGGCCGCGCGGGUACGCGUUUACACAGUUAUUUGGGGACGGGACGAUUUUAGAAUGAGACAUGCCGAUCGAUACCCCCAACAUUGCAUUACAAAAACCACGGAUUCUUUAACGCAUCGUCGCAUUUUCUAUCCGUCUUCCCAAUCAGUAAAGUAGUGCCCAGAACCGUCAUAAGAAACUAGAGUCCUCAUGAGGACUUGUCGAGAUGUGUUCUAUUUUUGUCCUUUGAGUGAAUAGUGUAUGGCCAUAUUCUAUUCUCCUGCCAUGCUUGUAUGUUUGCGAUGCUAUGGUGAUAUAUCAGCUGCGUAGAAAUGGUGAAUACAUGCUUGUCUCCUUCACCAAGCCAGGACAACUUUGACGAGCCAACUCACAGACCUGGAUGCCCUCCAACAAACGACACAGGUGCUGGUUGGGAAAUUGGAGCGGUACCAGCGUCAUGAGCUGGUGCGCGCCGAAUCCAUGUGGGUCGGUGGAGUGAUAUUUGAGGAAGAAGAUAUAGGGAGGCAUUCCACAACGAUGCAUCGGUCAGCAUCUGCAGGCCGGCCUGAGGAGGAGUCAGACGCAUCGUCAGAGAGAUCCAGCGUGAUUGCAUUGUCAAAGACAUCACCUGAGGAGAUGCGAAAGCCCUCAAGUGCGAAACAAGAGGUUAAGGAACCGGCGAAAGAACAGAUAGUGGACUCUAAGGUGGAAAAACAGGAAAGGAGGUGGGGUCUGCUUCCAACCUCACCCAUCAAACUCGUUUGGGAUCUCAUCAUGUCAUGUGCAUACUGGCAUACGCUCUUUAUCGUCCCCGUCGCUGCCGGUUUCGAACGCUGUAGUGUGCACCGGGUCACAACUGUCUCCAAACUUUUGACGGGCCUCUAUACCAUGGAUACUCUCAUCAACGCCGUCACGUUGCGUGAUUCGUGCCCAUCGCUGGCAAAGUCGUUUAGCGCGUACGUGACGAGCCCAGCAUGCGUGGUAGAUGUUUUAACAGCGAUACCGUAUGAUUUGAUCUAUUACGAGCGUGCCCCGAGUAUUGCGUUGGGUCCGCUUCGUUUGGUUCGGAUGGGGAGAGCGUACCGUUUACGCCGCAUACUGGCGACCAACCCCGUCUACACGCGCAUUUCAAAGACGACGGCGCGAGCACUGAAAGCGGGGCAUAUUAUCGUGACCAUGUCUACUUUUGCCGUCGCGUUGUUGUGGUAUUUGCAUAUGAAUGCGUGUUUAACGUUUCUGUAUGGAAAUCUGACGGGAUAUUGGACAUUCGGCGAGUUUAAAUGGGUGGUGGGUGUGGGGUUUUGGUGGCAGUAUGCGUGGGGACUGCUGAUGGCUGUUGCCAAUAGUUGGCCGUUUACGUGGGAGGUUCGACCCCGCGCACCAGCUGAAAUUGCAUUCCACAUUGUCUGGGUCCUCUUCGGGGCUCUUAUCACCGGAUGCCUGACAGGGAUUAUCCAAGCCGUCCGAGUGGGGCUUGAUCCACCCGGCCGUCUUUACAACGAGAAACUGGACCAAGUGACCGAGUACAUGAGUAGCAGAAACUUAGAUUCAGGCACCCGGAGACGUGUGCGAGAGUUUCUAUGGUUGAAGUUUCAUGGGAGGGUUUUUGAUGAGGGAAGGAUUUUGGAGGAAUUCAACUUGGCGCUGAAGCAGCAAAUAGCAUCCGGCCCUAAUCUCCUCGCAUCCGUCCCCGUUUUACACACCAUGAACGAAGACUUCCUGGGGUCCCUGGCGCUCUGUCUUCAGGACCGGUUUUACAUGCCCGGGGAAGUUAUCUAUAAAGAGGGUACGAUAGGCUCGGAUAUGUUUUGGAUUGCGAGUGGAUCAGUGGAGGUUGUUUGGGGAGAUGGGAGAAAGCUGGUUUUGACGAGCGGCGAUUUCUUUGGAGAAACCGCUCUUGUCGUCGAGAUACCACGAUUGAACACCGUUCGUGCGAUAGGGGCGUGCCAUGCCUACCGCCUCGACCGCAACAACUACGACCGAGUUCUGCAAGAGUUUCCCGAUAUGGCUGCAUCAGCAGAGGAGUAUGCACGCGGAUUGCUUGUGGAGGGAGCGUAAGUCAACGAUAUCUGUUAUUUGCGAAUAUCAUCCUUUGCGCAAUAAGAUGGGAUUAUCGUAUUUGUUCCUGUUGAAGUGCGUGUAUCGAUCCCUGUGGUAGCUCCGAUGCGAAGAGAGAGAGCUGGUCCACAGGUAUAGCACCGCUUCUUAGGCGGGCUAGAUUUACCCUUGACUCGGCAAUGGAAUUCGCCAAACGCACGCGCGGGCCAUUGCAAUACCAUCCACAAUCGUUCCGUGAGCGCACGCAAUUCCAAAGGCCGCAAGGCCACCACAAUAGUUUAUUCCCUGCAGCAUCCCAAAUGGUAUGCCAGAGUAUGGACGCUUGUGUACAUGUCUAAAUAUCUACAUACUCUAUUCAGC